CCCCGUAUCGAAUAUUGCAGUGCUACCACGAUAAGCAGGCGACUCACAGAACUUUAUCACUCAAGUCCUAAUCCUGAGCUUGUGUGCCCAUUCAUUAUCAGAAUUCACAGCGGCCACAUCAAACAAAACUAGGAGAACGUCGUGUCAAACCCAGCGACCGGUAACGUCCAAGUCACUUGAGAAUAGUAGUCGUCGACACCAAGUCUCAAUUAUGACGAGCCACGAGCAGCAGCAACAUGGGGACGAGCCCCACCAGGUUGGCGUGGAUGAGCUGCACGAGGAGCUGGACACCACACCUGUCCACGCUGCGGCCCGCGCUGGCCGAGUUGAAGAUUUGCGCGAAAUUUUGCUGGUCGAUGCCACUCAGGCCGUGGCACUGGACAAGUACGGACUAACGCCACUCCACUGGGCUUGUGACCGCGGAGAGGCAGCGGCAACGCGUCUACUACUACAACACGGUGCGGAUGUUGAUGCCGUGGAGAAGCGCAUGUUCAAGCGGCGGCCACUGCACCUUGCAGUUCUGGCGAGCUCCGAGGCGACGGUGCGCGAGCUGCUGGCGCACCACGCCGAUAUUCUGGCCGAAGACUACCGCGGCUGGGCGCCGAUCCACGGAGCAGCCUACAGCGGAGAUGUGGACUCGCUGACGGCAUUGUUGAACGCAGGUGCGAGCGUCACCACGCAGCUGACCAAGCGGCGCGAGACGGCACUGCACGUUGCUGCCUGCCGAGGUCGCAUGGAGGCUGCUCGGCUUCUGCUGAAGCGCAGUUCUGACGGCGCUGGUGAUGAGAGUCUGCUGGCCAUGGAGGACGACGAGGGCUCCACGGCAGCACAGGUGGCGGCUCGCAACGGAUUCGAGGACAUUGCGUAUCUGUUAGGUGGCCAGCUGCAAUGAGUUUGCUGGAGAUGAACAGAGCGACGUUGAAGCGAACCGUUCCCACUGGCAUGGCCGUGCUUCAGCAAGUGUGUUAAUAAGCUAAGAGUGAAAUCGACGCAGAUGGGCAUCAUUUAUUGCUGCCAGAGCAAAGCGGGGCUUGUAGUGCACAAUGCAAUCUUGAGAUUGUUCCCCGGCAAGGGUUCUGUGAAUUAAGCGGCAUGAGUUGCUUCGGGUGGCGACGGUGUUUGGGAAGAGGUUAAGUUGCUGCGCACUUUAACAGCGCCCGUAGUCGCGCGUUGGAAAGGGGCGGCAUAAGUUAUUGCCUAGUUGCUGUAGUCUAUAGUGGUUGAACGAGCAGUGCCGUGAAUGGUUCACCUGUAGGAGAACGUUAAACACAGCAAAUAAAGCUGAUGUAGGCUACUUACAUACCAUUA